GCGCGGGCGGACCGGCCCCGAGCUCUCUCGGUGGGGACCCGAGCUUCGGCCGGCCGUGAGACGCGCAGGGAGUGCUCAGGGCUCUGCAGCCGGGGUGCGGGACGGCUGGGAAACCGAGGCGAUCGCUGGCGAUUUCCUCCAGUUCAGGUAGAAGUAGUCCAAGGCGAGAUGUCAGGGUUACUCUUAGCCAGGAACCCCGAUCUGCAGUAAGAAGAGCAUAAGUGACCGACAACGAACGCAUUUACCCCACUCGGGGCUUCCAGGAGAGAGUUUCAACCUGCGGCGCUCGACUGCUGCCUAUGGAUGUCCAUGGCAGGAUAAGAGAAAUUCUCGCCGAGACUAUACGAGAAGAAUUGGCACCUGAUCAACAACAUUUAUCCACAGAAGAUCUGAUCAAAGCUCUUAGACGUCGAGGAAUCAUUGAUGAUGUAAUGAAAGAACUUAAUUUUGUGACUGACAGUGUUGAUCAAGAACUCCCUUCUCCAAAGCAAGCUGUUGCUUUUGAUAAACAGUCAACAUUAAAAAAAACUAAUGUUGAUCCAACACGGAGGUAUCUUUACCUUCAGGUUUUGGGUGGAAAAGCUUUCUUGGAGCAUCUGCAAGAACCUGAGCCUUUACCAGGACAAAUUUGUUCGACGUUUACUUUGUGUUUACAUUAUCGGAACCAACGUUUCCGCUCAAAGCCUGUUCCGUGUGCUUGUGAGCCAGAUUUCCAUGACGGAUUUCUGCUUGAAGUUCACAGAGAAAGUUUAGGUGAUGGAACUAGAAUGGCUGAUUCAACAACAAUGUUAUCAAUAAGUGAUCCAAUUCACAUGGUGCUGAUCAAAACAGACAUAUUUGGUGAGACCACUUUAGUGGCAUCCUAUUUUCUGGAAUGGAGAUCAGUUUUGGGCUCAGAAAAUGGAGUGACCAGUCUGACUGUGGAACUUAUGGGUGUAGGCACAGAAUCAAAGGUUUCUGUGGGAAUUUUAAACAUAAAACUUGAGAUGUACCCACCACUGAACCAAACACUAUCUCAAGAAGUAGUGAACACACAGCUUGCCUUGGAACGUCAGAAAACUGCAGAGAAAGAACGAUUAUUUCUGGUCUAUGCUAAGCAGUGGUGGAGAGAGUAUUUGCAAAUUCGACCCUCACACAACUCACGGCUGGUAAAGAUUUUUGCACAGGAUGAGAACGGGAUAAAUAGACCCGUCUGUUCCUAUGUUAAACCACUUCGAGCUGGACGGCUUCUGGAUACUCCGAGGCAAGCAGCGCGGUUUGUUAAUGUCCUUGGUUACGAACGGGCCCCUGUCAUCGGAGGAGGUGGCAAGCAGGAGCAGUGGUGCACUCUGCUGGCUUUCCUCUGUCGAAACAAGGGUGACUGUGAAGACCAUGCUAACCUGCUGUGCAGCCUUCUUCUUGGAUACGGACUGGAGGCUUUUGUCUGUGUCGGGACCAAGGCAAAGGGGGCACCUCACGCAUGGGUUAUGACUUGUGGGACUGACGGGACCAUCACGUUUUGGGAGAGUUUAACAGGGCACAGGUACAUCCACAAGCCUACUAAUCCUGAAGGUCCUCCACUUGCUGAACAGCCCAAACCAUUGUACCCCUACCGAACAAUUGGUUGUGUUUUCAACCAUCAGAUGUUCCUGGGAAACUGUCAACCCUCAGAUGCAGUAGAAACUUGCAUAUUUGAUUUGAAUGAUGAAUCCAAGUGGAAACCCAUGAGUGAAGAAGCAAUUAAGUCUGUGUGUGCUCCAGGUGCUACCACGUCCCUCCCUCCCUUCCCACCUCUGUGUGCAUCCACGAUUGAUGCCUCAGUCACAAGCAAUGAAAUCGAAAUGCAGCUGCGGCUCCUAGUGUCGGAACACAGAAAGGACCUUGGCCUCACCACUGUUUGGGAAGACCAGCUCUCCUAUCUCUUAUCGCCAGCGUUGGCUUCCUAUGAAUUUGAGCGGACGACAAGCAUAUCUGCCGGCAAUGAGGAGUUUCAGGACGCCAUAAGGAGGGCCGUACCUGAUGGCCACACGUUCAAAGGGUUCCCAAUACACUUCGUGUAUAGGAAUGCAAGGCGUGCGUUUGCCACGUGUCUUCGGUCUCCUUUUUGUGAAGAAAUAAUCUGUUGCCGUGGAGACCAGGUGCGACUGGCAGUCCGUGUUCGAGUGUUUACCUACCCUGAAUCUGCAUGUGCUGUUUGGAUCAUGUUUGCUUGUAAAUAUCGCUCAGUAUUAUAGGACUAACGUUUCCUAAGAAUUACUCCUGUGCUUUAUUAGAAUUGUAUAUGACUGACUAGCUGUGUGAAGGUUUCUUAAUUUAAAUUCAGCCUCUGACUUUGGAUGUGAUUGUUUUGUAUAGAUCUGACUGCUAAUGUUUUACAAAAUCAUGUAUGUACUUAAAAAUUCAGGAUAAAAAAGUUUGUAUUGAAUUUAGUAUAAAUUAAGGGUAUAAUAAUAAAUGGUACUUUGUUUUGAGGGACUCAGUAGUUUAACUGUGAAUAUAAGACCUUUUUUCUUUACAUUAAUAAGUAAAGAGAUUUGUCUAGUGGUUUAAGCUGUAGUUAAAUCAAAAUGGUCAUUAUUUUUCAUAAAUGAAAGAUUAUUUUACACAAAUUAGAAGAAAUUGAUCUCAUAAUAGGUUAUUUAUUACAUAGAUGAAAAUAUAUUUUGCUGAACUAUAAUUUUGUGGUUUAUUCAUGACACUAGAGUAUUCAAGGCUUUCCAGAAACGUAUAUGAAGGCUUUGAUGGAAGAAUAGGAAGAAGGGCCAGGUGUGGUGGCUUUUAAUCGCAUGAGAUAGCAAGUUCCAGCCCAGUCAGUGCUAUACAGUGGGAACCUGUCUCAAAAAAAAUAUUAAUAACAAAUCUCACAUGAGUUUGUGGGAGUGUACAUAAUUUAUGAACAUUAUUACAAUGAAUUGAGCACUUUAGAAAAUAUUUAUUAUACUUCCUUGUUACGAUAUAGGUUGUUCUUUAUUUUUUUGUUGUGUUAAAAACAUCAGCGUACAUGUGACUAAUCUCAAUGAAAAAAAAUCAUAAGAGACCAUUGAGAAAAAACAUGAGUUCAUACUCACUUAUUUUUAAAUUGAGCAAGUUUUAAAAGUUUUGGUAAGCAUUAAAAACUAAAGUGAUUUGACUUUCUGUAAGGAGCUAAUGAUAUAAAUGUGUUAAGUUUGACUGUCCAUUCUUCUGUGCAGAAGGUUGUUUUGUUUUUAUGAUACUAGAAAUCCAGGGCUUCCUGCAUGCUAGGCAAACACUGCCACUGAACUACACCUACAGUAUCUCACUUUGUACCCCUGGCUGGCCUGGAACUCAGAGAUUGCCUGCCUCUGUGUGCAGUUUCUUAGUUUAGUUGCUUUAUCCGUUGGUUGUCUUAAGAAAUAAGUGUAUGCUAGUUCACUAUCCACAUUAUUUAUUCUUUUCAUUACCUACUGUUGCAAUAAAAUGACUUUAUUUAUUUAUUUA